AAAUACACUGCAUGUGAGUUUUCAUUGCGUGUAUGGUCAAGUACCGAAACCUCCCAUUCACAAUAAAAUCUCCUAGCUGACCAAUACGCACCCUUCAUUUCUCUCUUCCCUCACCUCCUCUCUCUCUCUGUGUCUCGCUUUCCUUUUUGCCCUAUCUGAUAGGGUUUUCAUGUCCUUGUAAGCUCCAAUCUCUCAUGCAUCACUGCAUCCAAGCACUAUACGCCGUUGUUGUAGCCUUAAUCUUUUCUGGGUCUCUCUUUUUUGCUCUCUUUCGAGGGUUUUUCGGUGGAAAGCUUUGCGGGUUCGACCUCCUGGGGUUUUUUGAGCUGUACCCAUGUCAAAGCUCCUUGGUUUACCUGGUAAUGAUGAUUUUUGCCCUGGGGGGUCAAUUUAUACAAACCCCAAAGAACCUAGCCUCUUUUUGUCCCUUGGUAAUCAUGCGGAUGUCUUUUUUACUCCUCGCAAGAGGUCUCGCAUCAGUGGUACAUUUGUUUUCAGCGAAGAAGGUUUCGAGCAGAAGAAGCCGGUGUCUAUUGAUGUUCUACCAGAUGAAUGCCUCUUUGAAAUCUUUAAACGGUUACCUGGAGGUGAGGAAAGGAGUGCCUGUGCUUGUGUUUCCAAGCACUGGCUUACACUUUUAAGUAAUAUCCAUAGGGACGAAUUCUGCAGCAACACAAACGACCUAUCUUUGAACCCUCAGGAUGAGGUCACUGGAAAUAAGGAUCAGGAGGUUGAGAGUUGUGGAUAUCUUUCCAGGAGCUUGGAAGGGAAGAAGGCAACAGAUGUUAGACUAGCUGCCAUUGCCGUUGGAACUGCUAGUCGAGGAGGAUUGGGAAAACUUACAAUCCGAGGAAGCAAUUCUGGUCGUGGGGUGACAAACCUUGGCCUUAGGGCAAUAUCCCAUGGCUGUCCUUCUCUGAGGGUUCUUUCUUUGUGGAACGUGUCCUCUAUUGGGGAUGAAGGCUUGUGUGAGAUUGCUAAUCGGUGUCAUAUGUUAGAGAAGCUUGACCUCUCCCAAUGUCCUGCAAUAUCUGAUAAAGGUUUGGUUGCAAUUGCAAAGAAGUGUCCUAAUUUGACUGACUUAUCACUUGAAUCCUGUUCUAACAUUGGGAAUGAAGGUCUUCAAGCUAUUGGGCAGUGCUGCCCCAAUCUCAAAUCCAUUUCAAUCAAAAACUGCCCUCUUGUUGGGGAUCAGGGAAUUGCUAGUUUGUUAUCUUCGGUCUCUUAUGUCUUGACAAAGGUGAAGCUUCAGUCGUUGACCAUCACUGAUGUGUCUCUCGCUGUCAUUGGACACUAUGGCAAGGCUAUCACCGAUCUUGUCCUUACCAGCGUCCCCAAUGUGACUGAGAAGGGUUUCUGGGUCAUGGGCAAUGGUCAUGGGCUGCAGAAGUUGAAGUCCUUCACUGUUACAUCUUGUCAAGGUGUAACAGAUACCGUUCGCAAAUGUCUAUUCAUUUCUGACAGUGGGUUGGUAUCAUUUUGCAAAGCAGCAGGAUCGCUUGAGAGCCUUCAUUUGGAGGAGUGCCACAGGAUUACCCAAUAUGGGUUUUUUGGCGCUCUUUCAACUGGUGCAAAAUUGAAGGCUGUAGCAUUUGUCUACUGCUUGGGACUUAAAGACCUGAACUUAGGAUUGCCUGAGGUGUCUCCAUGCCAAUCUCUUCGAUCAUUGUCCAUCCGUAACUGCCCUGGAUUUGGGAAUGCUGGCCUGGCACUGUUAGGUAGACUUUGCCCUCAACUGCAGCAUGUGGACUUCAGUGGGCUUGAGGGUAUAACGGAUGCUGGGUUUCUCCCACUACUUGAGAACUGUGAGGCUGGCCUGGUAAAGGUUAAUCUUAGUGGUUGUGUGAAUGUAACAGACAAGAUGGUUUCAUCCAUGGCUAAGCUACAUGGUUGGACUCUGGAAAUGGUAAAUCUUGAAGGUUGUAAGAUGAUCAGCGAUGCAGGCUUGGUAGCAAUUGCAGGGAACUGCCCAUUGCUUAGUGACCUUGACGUCUCAAGGUGUGCAAUCACCGAUUUUGGAAUUGCAUCCCUGGCCUGUGCAGACCAGCUAAAUCUGCAGAUCCUCGCCAUGUCAGGGUGCCCUUUAGUGUCAGACAAAAGCUUGCCUGCUUUGGUAAAAAUGGGUCAGACCCUUCUGGGCUUGAAUCUUCAGCACUGCAAGGCAAUCAGCAGCAGCACUGUUGACCGGCUUGUGGAGCAGCUAUGGCGUUGUGAUAUCCUUUCCUAG